GCAGAGAAAAUAAUUAAAGUAGUUCAGAAAAAAUGGCUCAACCACAACUGAUGCAAAUUAAACUAUCCCGUUUCGAUGCUCAACCAUGGGGUUUCCGUUUACAGGGUGGCGUUGACUUUGCUGCUCCAUUGCUAGUGCAAAAGGUUAAUGGCGGAAGUUUGGCUGAACAGGCCGGUUUGCUGCCUGGCGAUGCUGUUCUUAAAAUAAAUGACGUCGAUGUUUUCAAUCUACGUCACAAGGACGCUCAGGAUAUUGUCGUGCGUUCAGGCAAUAAUUUUGUGGUUACAGUUCAAAGGGGCGGCUCGACAUGGCGUCCACAUGUCACUCCAACCGGUCAUGUACCACAACCAAACCAAAAUUCACCAUAUUUACAGACAGUGACGAAAACUUCUCUAGCUCACAAACAACAGGAAUCCCAACACAUUGGCUGUGGCUACAACAAUGCAGCGCGUCCAUUUGUCAACGGCGGUGAUGGCAGCGUUAAGAGCAUUGUCAAUAAACAAUACAACACCCCAGUUGGCAUUUACAGCGAUGAAUCUAUUGCGGAAACACUUUCGGCUCAGGCUGAAGUUUUGGCUGGCGGUGUCCUUGGUGUGAACUUCAAGAAAAACGAAAAGGAAUAUCAAGCCGAUAAAUCUGAAGUCUUGAAAUUCUUACGUGAAGAGGAGACUGGACAAUCUACACCAGAGCCACAUAGUCCAGCCAAUUUCUAUUGGACUCACAGUCAUGCCAUUGGCGGUAAUGAACGCCGCUCCACCCGCGAAACAGUUCAACAGGAGCAGGUGCAGAAGACGACCGAGAAACGUGUAAGUACUUCGCUGGUGCAGAGUAAGGUGGCGAGCUCGUCAACUGCAACAACCGUUUCAGCCUCCAAUGUCAGUUCGGCUGCGGCAGUUGCACCUGCUACAGUUGCAACUCCGUCCGAAAAGCCCGAUCCACGCAUUAUUAUGAUGCCGGUGUGUCCGGCUUUGCAGGGACCGGAAUACAAGGCGGAAAUGGAAGCAGCCGCUGCAGCUUUGGCACAUGACGAUGGCCAAAGACCAUUGUCCGCAAGCGGACAUCCGGCCUGUCAGUUGUGCGGUGUUGGAAUUGUCGGUGUCUUUGUACGCAUUAAGGACAAGAAUCUUCAUGUUGAAUGUUUCAAGUGUGCCACAUGUGGCACUUCCUUGAAGAAUCAAGGUUACUACAACUUCAACAAUAAACUCUAUUGCGAUAUCCACGCUAAGUUGGCGGCUAUGCAAAAUCCCCCAGCAGGUACCGAGGGUUAUGUUCCAGUACCAAUCAAACCCAACACCAAACUGAGUGCCACCACCAUUUCAUCUGCUCUGAAUGCACAUGGAUUCAAUGGUGUGUCCAAUGGCAGCUCAACUCCAACUCCGGCACCAGCUCCAGCACCGGUUGCAAAUCCUUUAGCAACAACAGCAGCAAAUACAGUAGCUCAAGCACCGAUUGCGGAAAUUAUUAAACAAGACAACACCACAGCGAAUAUGGCAGCGACUUUUGAGAAUAAUGAUCAAUCGAUUUACGGGCAGAUCAAUACCAAUGCCGCGAAUAUAGCUCAGCCGUCGUUUUCUGCAUCAGGUGAUCAACCAUUCGAAUAUGUCACACUGACUGGGAAUGUGAUUCGUAGUGUAGUGCCGCCUGGUAAGGGUGGAAGCAUCAACUAUAAGGUUAAUCAAGGUUAUGCACGUCCAUUCGGUGCUGCCCCACCAUCAGCUGCACCAAAGUCUCCAAUCUCUUAUCCACCCCAACCCCAACAAUGGGCUUCACCACCGCAACAACAGGCACCAAAACCCGCUAGCAAUCCUUAUGCUACUUUGCCUAGAUCCAAUGUUGGACAACAAGACAUACAAGAAAGCUUGCAACCGCAAUAUGCAGAAGAGUACUGUGAAAUUGAGCAGGAAAUAGUCUUAGCUGAACGCAAGACUCUUACGAACUUAGUUUGGCCCCCACCACAAGAUGAUAGCCACAAUUUACCAACUGCAGCUCCAUUAUAUAUAGCACCACCCGAAACUCAACAUGUAGUUACGAAACCUUUAGAACAACCACCUCCUGUACCACCGGGUUCUGUUGGAGAGAAAUCACAACCUUCAAUGACUGAAUCGAAAACUGAACUAACUGAAGCGCAACAACAACAACAACAACAACAGCAACAACUCUAUUGGCAAAGUCGUUCAGCACCUCAGUUAACAAGUCAAAUACAAACGCAUGAGCUUGAGUCUAGCUCAGAUAGUUAUACUUCUACAAGUACUACGACUACUACAACAUCAGAAGAAUAUCAACGUAUGUAUGCUGCACAAGUUCAAGCUUAUCAAAUGCAGCAAGCCUAUGAGCAAUCAGGUUCGGAAUUAGAUUAUCACAUGGAUUUGGAAGUUGCAGCAAUGCAACAAAAGCAGUGUUGUCUUACAGCCUCGGAACAUAUGUCAGGCCGUCGUAGUGCACAGGAAUGUGUUGUUUCAUUAGCUGCGCCACUGAGCACAUAUAAGCUGGUCGAUUUGGUAAGAGAAGUAACACCUAGUCCUAUUCCUCCACCCAGCACACAAGUUCCAAGGCAUGUUGUAUUUGUUGACGAACCUGAGAUAAAAGAGCUUGAACCGAUCUUAGAGUAUGAAUCAAUUGAAAAAGUUCAGAAAAAAAUAGAGUUAGAAUCUCAGUCAUUACGUGAAGAUUUACAAAAGGUUGAAGAAAUGGAGCCAGCAGAUUAUAGUACCACAAUUAUUGAAAAUGAAAAAGAUGAAUUAGUGAUAUCAAAUCGAAAUCAAAUACUUGAGAGUGAACGUAUAUUUCAACCCACACCAGAAAUCAAAAUUGAAAUAGCUCCCGUUCGUCAAAUACCCCCUACUAAAAUACCAAACCCCACACCCAAACAAUGGAUUAACCCUAUGGUUCGUGCAUUAACAACGGCUCCAGAAGUGCCUUUUCACCUAACUGAAUGUCUCUGUCCAAAGCCAUGCGAUUGUUCCUUCGAAAUUCAAACUAAAACAGAUGAUCAAUCACAUGGAAAUACUGUUAGUCCACCAAAAACUCCCCCAAUAUCAAAAGUUGAGGAAAGACCCCCAUCGCCCAAACUAGCAGAACCAAGUAUUUUGCAAGAAUCUCCCUUGCAAGGUUCUUAUUUAACGAAUGCAAUUUCCAUCGCGCCUGAAUUUAGUAUAAAUUUAGCACCAACUGUUCCUCAACCAAUUUCACUGCCUGAAGAAACUGAACCAUAUAUGCCACCCCCUAUUGACUUAAAACCAUACAUGCGGGAAGAUUACCGACCUAAAUCACCUUUUUUAAGUGCCCUAACAGUAGCGCCCGAGAAAUCUUUUGAAGGACAAUUUGAACGAGAUGUGCCAAUCCACGUCAUUGAUUUACCUACACCCAAAGAACAUUUAACUAUGUCCGAUGCACUACGCAUUGCUCCUCAGCGCUCCUACACUCCCUUAAAUCCUGAAAAUGCAACUCAUAUGUUUGAAGAGCAAGAAAAGAAAAAAGAAAAGAAAAAAUAUGAAUUUCAGGUUUUAGACAACGACCUUGAAAGCGAUCCAAACUACAAUAACGGCGAGAAUGUUCAAUACUAUACCACAGAUAAACAGGAAAGAGGUCAACGCAAAUCUUCAGCAUUUGCGGCAAUGCAAGCAUUCCAACCAUCCCGUGAACCUUUAACUCCAAGUACUCCACGAAACUCUAUUAUAUCCUUAUCCCAGAAUGAAACCGACCUUGACUACGCGAAUUAUUGUAAAGCAAAGGAACGUAAUGAAAAGAGGUUAAAUUAUUUGCACAAACUGGAAGAAAACUUACAACAAACCGAACCAAUCAGCACACAAUCAAAUACAUGUAAAGAGUCCUUAAUAUCUUCCUGUACCAAAGCAACUUCUUCCACAAACUCCUCUUCCACAGUCCAACAAUUGUCCACUACAUAUGCCUCAAAUACAACUCAAGCUUCCCAAUCUGCUUACGCCACGCACUAUGGGAGCCAUGCUUUAAGCUCGGGAAGAUUCGAUGAGCAAGAACUAAUUGCAGAGACAGUUGAAGAGCUUGAGCACUCAGAUGUUCUAUUUCCACCACCGUCCCCGCUUAGUCACCUCAAAAAUAAACCAGUUUCAUCUGGCCUUCAUAAAGCAGACACUAUUCCAAAAUAUCAGCGCAAUUGGACAGUACUGCCCACGCAAAGUCCUGUACGCACUCCGGAACCACAAGAACUUCGAGAGAAUGUACCACUCGCUUUUGUAGAGGCACCUAAAGUAACUAGUGCAGAAGAAAUCACAACUAACCGCCUUGUAAAUAGUACAGUAACAACACAAACUUACAGUUCCAGCAACAGGCAACAGCAAACGGUAGCUGCUGCCAGCGUUGUCUCAAGUUCAGAACACACUGGCAGUGAACAGCGACAGCAGCAACCGUCUGCACAAGCUUUAGUUACUCCACAACAAAAACUACCAAUUGUGCCAAUUAUUAUAGAAGAUCGAUCAGGUCCAGUAACAAUGGCUUUUCAAUCACUAGAUGAGCACCUGGAACCUCCACUAUCGAAUCGCGCAUAUACGCCUUCCUUGACUAAUAAACCAGCACCGAUAAUUCCAUUUUAUCAGACUCCUGAAAAAUUAUGUUUCGAUGAGUGUGCUGCUACACAUGCCAAACCUUAUGAUCGCCGAUCUGCUUCACCUUUUCCAGAUCGUGCACGAUCACCAGCUCCCGGACCACCACCAAAUCCAUUGUCUAACAUUCGAGCGCCAAGAAUUAAGGAUGCCAAUGUACCGGCACGUAUGCUUCAAGUUGGAUCCAUUACUACAGGCCAAAGCUAUUUGGGAGCUCAACAAGCACAACAACAGGGCCAAUUGUUAUCACAUUUUGAAACCACCAGUCAAGCUGGCUCACAGUCAUACACCGAGAAACCGGAAACAGUCAUGGAGAGAAAAAUUGGUGACACGACAAUACAAAAGCGUGAAAAAGAAUCUCGUUUAGAAGAACAAAAACAGUCACAACUUCAAAGUCAGACAACGACACAAAUAGGUAAUACUCAAAUCGAACGUAGACGAAAAGUUACUGAAGAAUUUGAGCACACCCAAAGUGCAAAAACUGUCGAAAUCCGUACUGGUUCUCAGUCAUCAAGCGAGCACCGACAAACUUACGGGAAAACUGGAUUUGUGGCAAACCAAGCUAGACGUCUUUCGGGUUUAGAACAAGAAAUUACUGACUUAACUAGCCAGUCACAAGCUAUAAGCGCUCGAGCCGCCUUAAUGGAUACCUCAUUUCCACAAUUAUCUUCGUUAGAGACAACAACAAGAUUUCCAACUAAAUCACCCGUUCCAUACGACGAACCAAAAUCUUCCAAGAGCACAUUAGCUACACGUGGUAGUGAAAAUUUAGUAGGGCCGCCGCCAGGCUUUCAAACUCAGCAACAAAAGGAAUUAUCGCAAAUGACUAAUGCUUACGGUUCCUCGUUGAUAUCUUUGCAACAGAAACAACAUCAACAACAACAACAACAACAACAGAAAUCAUUAAGCGCAUUCAAUAGCGUCUCUACCAUAUCAUCAAAUUCAUCAUUACAAGCUAACACUGUUAGCAGCAGUCUAACCAAAGCUUCAGCUACUAAUACACAAGCUUUUUCAGCCUCUAAAACUGGUGGCACUAGUGCUUCCAGUGGCAUCUGUCCAGUAACAGGCACAUUCUGUCGUCCUGGACAUUCUUGUUGCAAACAACAACUUAUUCAAUCGCAGCCAACAGCAGCUGCUGCUCCUAGCGCCGCUAAUAAUAGUAACAAUUUAAGUCUAAAUAACACAUAUCGGCCGAAUGCUUCCGCAGGUAUGACCGGUUUUAAACCGCCGCAAGCUUCCGCAGCCACUAGCGCUCUUGCAGCUGAGCCUUCUGCUAUUAAAAGCGCCCCAAUGGCAAGCGCUGCUGCUCCAAGCAUAAGUGAAAGUACUAAUGUUGGUGAUUCUUCAGGUCUAGGCGGAAAAGGUGGAGCUUAUGGUGCUACUUCCGCACCAAAGCGCGGACGCGGUAUUAUGAAUAAAGCAGUCGCACCAGGAGUGCGCGUACCACUCUGCAACAGCUGCCAUAUUCAAAUCAGGGGUCCUUUCAUAACUGCUCUCGGUCGCAUCUGGUGCCCAGAGCACUUCAUUUGUGUCAAUGCCAAUUGCCGUCGUCCAUUGCAAGACAUUGGUUUCGUUGAGGAGAAAGGAGAUCUUUACUGCGAAUACUGCUUUGAGAAAUAUUUGGCACCAACCUGCAGCAAAUGCUGCACCAAGAUCAAGGGCGAUUGCUUGAAUGCUAUUGGCAAGCACUUCCAUCCUGAAUGCUUUACUUGUGGUCAUUGCGGUAAACUCUUUGGCAAUACUCCAUUCUUCUUGGAAGAUGGCAACGCUUACUGUGAAGCCGAUUGGAAUGAACUCUUCACAACAAAGUGCUUCGCUUGUGGUUUCCCCGUUGAAGCUGGAGACAGAUGGGUUGAGGCUUUGAAUCACAAUUAUCAUAGCCAAUGUUUCAACUGCUCUUACUGCAAGCAAAAUUUGGAAGGUCAAAGCUUUUACAACAAAGGCGGUCGUCCGUUCUGCAAGAAUCAUGCGCGUUAAACCGCAGGACUGAUGUUGAAUAUCAGGGAUCAUGCAUAAAAAAUUAAAAAAAAAA